AGGCAGAGGCUUUAUCAAGAAAGCCAACGAUCACUUUGAAGCUCAUAUGAAGAACAACGGCAAGAAGUCCCCCUUCAUCUUCGCUGCCUUCCUGUUGAAAGACGCUGCCGACAGCGCAGCAGAAGAGCAAGCCGACGCCGCUGUGCAAGCCUUCUGCGAGUGUCUCGACGACAUCUACCAAUGGCUGGACGGAGUGUUUGUGGAGCAUGGAGAUGUGCGAGGCAUCUGGGCCAUCUUGCUCGACCUGGAGAAGGCCCAUAAGCUGGGCCAGAGGAAGGUUCUCGAGUGUGAACACAGGCUGAAGAUGGUCGAUGAGGAGUAUGGGAAAGAAGAGGAGAAUGCGAAGAGACUGAAGAGGAACGCGGCGGACAGGGAGCGGAAUGCCAAGGCUCGCUUGGCGAAGCUGGAGCUGGCUUGAAGUAUAAUGGUCUUCCAGGUUGGGAGCGGGAGCGGGAGCAGGUGCACUCGCUCUCAGCAAUUCAGCGUCUGUGAAUAGCCUCUUCAAUAGCCUCUUUCUCUUUGCAUACAUAGGUAUAUGGAAGCGGUGGCGAUGUGAAGGGAAGAGGGUUCUGGAUCGGGCCGUUGAGUGAGUCUCCGUUCCGAUCAGAUGUCGUUCUAGAACGGUUUACCCUGCCGGCGGCAUAUGCCGAUGCGCCACGAUUGGACAAAACGGGAUCGAUUACCGAAGUGGAGAGGUUGACGUUCAUCGCAGCCGAUACCCAUCCAUACCUUACCCGUCGGAUACCUCACUUGCCUCCCAAGUGACAACAAGUGACCACCUAUUGUACCCUGUGCACGUCCAACUGGCGAAACUAUUGCACGUGUACGAUAUGGGCCGAGCAUGGCUUUGCUAGAGGCGCGCGCGUGACAGAAGACCAACAAGAUGGCCUAGGACUCUCGUAGCCUCAUCCUGCUAUCCUGCUAUCCCAUAAGCUUACGCAUCCGCUGGACCAUGGACUCGACGCCGAAGCGAGAUAAUCACACUCCCUCCUGCUCCGUGUGCCAGAGGCGAAAAGUGAAAUGUAAUCGCGUGUACCCAUGUGCUGCUUGUACCAAAUCUGGACUGGAAUGUGUCUUCCCGGCACCGGGCACGCAUGGAAAGCGCAAGCGGCGCAAUACUGGUCAUCAGAAUGCAAUACGAGAACCGGCUCCCAAGGCUUCAUCGGCGUUCAAUGCGGAGCGGGCUACUCCUACGGGCACGGUAGGCGUGUUACGGAGAAGGUCUGUGACUGAUCUUCCUUCACCAGAGUCCACGGGUUCGCAUGGCACGGCAUCGGGUGCAGGCACUGCCCGGCUCGUCUCUGAGGGAAACGGCUUUCGAUAUGUGAAUAAUCACCUCUGGGAUGCCAUUUCUUCGGACCCUCAUGCCUCUAAUGGCAGUCCUGGUGUCACUCCGGAGGAUCCCAAACCUAGUCCGGGAGUUCAUGGAGUCCGUGAAGAUGACGGCCAAAAAAGAAACAGCACACGCAGCAGCUUCAUCUUCGGGAACCAAGGGAAUGACGGCAGUAGUGGGCGCCCUCAAGCACCUGCAAGCCAGGUCGUCUUUCUCUGGCAAACUUUCCAGUCCAAUGUGGAUCCCGUUAUGAAAAUAUCACAUAUACCUACCAUCCAGAGCAUACUGCUUGGCCAGAUUGGACAUGCUGUGCUCCCCCCGAACGAUCAAGCGCUUGUGUGCGCCAUUCACCUCAUCAGCAUUGUUUCUCUCACCAAUGAGCAAUGCGGUGAUUCUCUGGGUGAGUCUCGAAACAGCUUGCUUGAGAAGCACAGGCAAGCCACAGAGACAGCCUUAUCGGCAGCGGACUUCAUCACGACCACCGACAUCAUGGUUUUGCAGGCUUUGAUAUACUACCUCACUGCUCUGCGAAGCUUGGGCGAGGUUCAGCUGGCGUGGUCACUCCUCGGAAUCGCCAUUCGCGUCGCGGGCACCCUCGGUCUCGCACGUGACGGCACAUCUCUCGGAUUGUCCCCAUUCGAUACGGAGAUGCGAAGACGUCUCUGGUGGGGUCUGGUUUAUUUUGAUGGCCGGAUGGCGGAAGUGGUGGGGCAAGAUGGCGAUCUCAUGGGCAGCAAUUUUGACGCCAGACCACCCUCCAAUUUGAACGAUAGCGACCUCUUUCCGACUAUGACUCGCCUCCCAGACUCUCGCCGAGGGCCUUCGGAAGCAAUUUACCUCCAGGCACGCGUGCUGAGUAUUACUGUUGCGAGAAGCCUCCAAAGCAUUACUGGGCCUUCUGGCACGUGGCAUAGGCUGCACGAUGCCAGUAUGCCUACGUCAGAGAAGCUUGAAACUAUGCACCAUAUCGAACAGCGAUAUAAUGAAGAAAUCUUGGAGCCAUGCGACCCCACGGUUCCGCUGCAAUGGCUCAGCAUCAACACCGCAAAGACCUUCGCAACAAAAUUGCGCCUGAUCUCAAAGAUUCCCAUCGUGGACAUCGACAAGGAAUGGGAGAAUGCAGAUGGCUUCUCCGAGAACGCUUUCAUCCUCAGCAUGGACCUCUUGCAGAUUCAAUUGAACUUGUGGUGUGAGCCCUCUGUUCAGCUGUGGAGGUGGCAUUGGCAAGCGCAUUUCCAGUGGUACGCGCUGGUCACUCUCCUUCGGCAGACCAGACUGCGUCGCUCGGGAAAUGGCGCGUCGAGAGCCUGGACGCUGAUCCGGAAGGUUUUUGAUAUUAUUAUCCCCAGUCUGGAGCUCGGCCCCAAAAGAAGCAUGCUGAUUGAUGGGAUCCAUUCUUUGCUCAAUGCCGCCAAACAACAGCAAGAAAUGCCUAGCCAGCAACCUCCUCCGUCGAAUAGUGACCAGAGACUGCCCAUGAUGUCCACUGCUGAAGUCGUUGCGGCACCCGAGACUGGCAAUGUGACCCAUGACGAUACUCCAUCGGCCACAUCGUAUGAGUCGCAAGCACGUACGCGCGUGCUUCCUGUAUCGGAUAUGAUACAAGAAAUGCCACCUCCAGACGCGUUUGACCAGCCCUUCUAUAAGAAUUGGCCUGAUCCUGUUCUUGGAGGGCUGGAUCUGACUGCUAUUGAUUGGGUCGAGUUUGAUCGUCUUGCAGCGGAACUUGCUCAGCAGUGAUGAGGACGUUCAGGAAGUUGGACAUUAUCCAAAAGGAACGAAACUGCCUCUCCAUCGAACGGGACCGCCAGAGACCCAAAUAUAUGCAUGUUUCGACUCCGACUCGGUGCCGAUCAUACUCACGUGCAUGCAAGGGCAUGCCACGUGAAUCUUUGCCCGGCUAGUGGAGCCGAACAAGAUUGCACAACAUAUCCAGCCACGACCUACUACAAAUGUCGUUUCGUCGAUGCUGUUACUGUGCUUCGUGGUACAACCUCAUGGUACGACGCUAGCGCCGCGCCGCGCUGUGGUUGCUAGCGUCGACGGACGACGUGAUGGAGUUGUAUUGCAAACGCGAUGGCAUUUGACAGAAGCUUCAGGCAGCCAGUUCUGAACCUUGCAUCGCACUCCCGCUGUGUCAAUACUCUUGUCGGUGUCAGCUCUCAUUAUCCGUACGGAGGACUUCGAGCGUGGUGCGAAACCCUCCAUGGCUCCAACGGCCUCUGCCAGCGACUCGGUGAACGAUUACCAGGAGAAAGUGUGUUGCCGAAACUGGAAUUGAUCUGACUAUUGUCGGAGCUGGUAUCUGUCACAGGGACAUGGAGUCUGCAUAUGCAUUUGCACGACCAGAGUGUCGGUACUGGUGGUGCGAGUUGAUUUUCUUUCACUUCGAUGUGAAUGUGUGUGAAGUUUCUCCAGGAAGAAAAAUCUUACUUGCAACAAAUGGGUUGUGAUGUAUGUGUGUAGAUAUACCUAGGUAUAUCUUGUGGCACCGGAUGAUUCGUGUUCAGGCUACCAAG